AACUACAAUUUAUUUCUAAUUAUUACUUAAUUUAGAAUAUUUAAUAACAAUUUUUAUUAAUUAAUUGCAUUAAAAUUAUUUAAAAAUCAACCCAACCGAAAAUUGACCAAGGUUUGACCAUGGCUCAACCGAACAUUGAAUUCGGUUUGACCAUUCUCAACCGAAUGUUGACCUCGGUUUGAUCGAAGGCCAAUCGAACGUUGACCUCGGUUUCACCGAGGGCCAACCGAACGACGGCUUCGGUCGUUGAAGGGAGAUGCAAGCGCCAGGCUUACCUUCUCCGGCGAGGACGGACGGUAGGCGACUAGAGGCGUGGCGGGAGGAGGGGCUGACGGCAACGGCGAGUGGAGGCUCGAGUGGAGGCGCGCAGACGUCGACUGCUGGCGCGGACGGCGACGACGAGUGUGGACUGACGACGACUAGAGGCGCGGCUGACGGGGACUGGAGGCGUGGCUCACGACCACUGGAGGCUCGGCCGGAGUGGCAGCGUGGGGUGGCGGGUCGAACGCCGUCGUGGCGGCGUGGGUGCUGCGCGACGGCGUCUCUGCUGUUGGAUUUGAAUUUUGAAUUUGAAUUUUAAAAAGGGGGGUUUGUUUGUGUUAGGGUUUGAUUUUGAAUUUUAAAAAGGGUAAUUUAGUAAUUUACAUAUUAAGUUAGGACGACGGUUAGUAAUUUCUAGGACGACCUUUAACCCUUCAGAUUAGGGUUGGGAAAAUAAACCAGACCGUUAGAA